GUUCCUUAAUUGAGGCCAUGUUUCCAAACUUCGUGGCUGAGUCUGGGAAACAACGCCAGUUGACAACAGGUGGCUAGGAGAAAGCAAUCAACGCCGUUCGGUCCAGGGUGUAUCCUCUUCUUGUCCAAGGUCAGAUGGGAUGGGCGCCAGGUCACCUGUGACCCUCAUAAGGAUAUCCAUAGAAAAUUGAUGGAUGGAUGUUCUGUUCUGUACAGUGACAGGCAGAACAAUUCUAUGCUCUUCCAUUAGAUGUACAAAGAUUGGGAAACACUGGGCUACAUUAAAGCAACAUGGACGACAGUGCAGAUUCUGGAUUUCUCCCACCCAGCGCAAUUGGAAAAGCAGUCACUCCACAGGAGAGGCCUCUGCUAAACACCCCCUGUCAAUCAGAAAGUGGAGGAACCAUCUUACUGCAGUUGCUGGAAUUUAAAACGCAUCUGCUUGAGGCUGUAGUGGAGCUGCACAUUCAAAGGGAUGCAGAAACUCGGUAUGAGAAUCAGCUCGGUAAAGUGGUGUUGGAGAAACAGGAGCUGGAGUGGGAAAAGGAGACCUUACAAAACCAAAUGGAAACAGUUAAAAAACAGCAUGGGGAGUCUCUCAUCAAUGUUAAAAAGCAGUUACAGGCCAAAAUAAGAAACACUGAGGAGGAAAAGGGGAAAUACCAGGUCAUUUCUGAGUUAAAGGAGAGGGAGAUUGGCAACUUGAAAGAAGAGCUGAAGUCGCUCCAGCUGCUGAAGUACAACUUUGAAAAGAAAUCCAAUGAGUUGGAACAGAAGCAAACUUUGCAGAUUCGGUCAAAAGACAGUCACCUGAUCCAAAUAGGAGAGGUUGAGAAACGAUUUGGUGCUCUAUCUAGGCAGUGUGCCACACUCAAGAAGGCCCAUGAGCAACUGGAGCAGAAUGUUGAUGAAGCCAUGAAAAGAAAUAAGAAACUAACAGCUACAAAUGAAAAACAUGAAGCAACCAUUCAGGCACUAAUAAAGGAGUUGGAGGAGGUCAACACCAAACUAAUAAAGACAAAGUUGUCAUCAGUCCGACAUGACAACACCUAUUGCAUGAUGACACACACAGAGCAGAAUCUAAACCAGCUGAGUUACAAACUGAGCUUGGAAAAGGAAAUGAACAAUAGACUACGCGAAGAGUAUGCAGCUCUGCGUUCAGAGAAACAAGAGGUGAUAAAAUCACUACAGCAAACUCAGCAGCUCUUUUUGAACCAGAUACAAGCUGUGAACAGACUAGAGCUACAGCUGCAGGCACGAGAGGAUCAGCACAAGUCCCUCAAGCAAGAACAUGAAGAGAUGCGAGAGAAAAGCAAGGCAAUGGAAGAAAAAGUUGCCCAGUUGAUGAGUGAGCAGCAAGAUUUUCAAGCACUGAAAGAGGUACAUGAUGACCUUCAGCAGAAACACAAUGAACUGUCUGCACAGGUCAAAGUGCAUGCCCAGAAUAUACACGAGCUGGAGAUGUUCCCCAGUCUUACGGAGGGAACCAGAGGGAGACCUCCCGAUGAACCCAAAUCCAGCUCCACGCUGCCUGGCUUUGGCAGCCUUCAGAACUCAGCAGUUUCUCAGAGCAAAAUCCUGGACUGUCUGGAAGAUACAAGUGUUAAGACUAAACUGGAUGGUGAAAUGGGAGAAACCCCAAAGUUCCAUGUGAAGUCUGAAACUCAGCUGCAAGUUCAAUGGGAGAAGGCCUUUUCAAUUCAUUCACCCAAAAGGCUCCCGGGACUCUCGGAAACAAUGGACAGUGAUGAUACCCUUUUGAAUAAAACCACCAGAAGCUAUAACACAAGUGAAAAGCUCUCCAAUAAAGUGUCAAAUCUGAUUUGCUCUACUUCCCAUCAGUCUACCAAUGAGUUGGCCAACAGUGAAGGCGUAGUGGAUGGAAUAAACAUAUCAAAUUCAGGCAACAUGUCAAGCAAUGACCAACUAACCAAAGACAGAAAAAGUGUUCAUGGGAGCACAAGCCAAAGUGGAGCAGACUGUAGUGGGAUGCACAAAGUGAAUGAAGCAAACAACAAUAGUAAUGAAGGGCGCAGAAAUCAAUGUCAGCCGAGGAAUGCUGAAGAUCUCCUGGAAGAGAGAUGUGCUGGAGAGCAGAAAAAGAUAAUUAUUUCCCAAACAGCUGAUAGUGGGAACAGUGAAGAAUAUAGCAGAAUGGGUGCACAUGAGUCCAACACAGAAACAUUAGUAGAGAUCAGGAAUGGAGAGAAGGAGGAAGGAAAGAGAAUAACAGAGACAGAGGCCCAGACGACUUGUGAUAUAAAGAGCAACGACCCGCCAGACAGUGACUUUGUGGACAUCAGUGAGAAAAUAGGCACUGUCUGUGAGGCGGACUGCUAUCAAAAGGACACAGAGAAAGUUGCAGACCGCAGUCUUGUUAACAUGACAGAAUUUCAUCUGCUUCAAGACCUCAGCUGUCCUGAAGAGCAAAAUCUCAGCAAUGGAGCGAUUGAAAUCAUGGAAGAGGCUCAACACUCGUGUCAAGCUGAUGUCCUUACUAAUGCAGAGUCAGUCAACUCCUCACUAACUUCAGCUCAUCCAGUAGUUGAGAAAACCUCAGAAGUGACGAGAUUGGAUGAAUCAACAGUUAAUAUUCAAACAAAAUAUUCCGACCUGAUUCAGUCAGCUGGCUCAGUGACAAGUCAGAGAAUGAUAGAACCUACUAUUAUUACCAGCAGCAUGACUCACACAGAUGAAAUGAGUGGUACAGACACAUAUGAGAAGGUCAAGAAAAUCAUUGUUGUUGGGAAAGGUGGAUCUCAUAAUCAGACUACAGCUGAGCUGGCAAAUGGACGAAUGGAGGAUUUUGAAAGUGAUGCAUACAAGGAGGCCUGUGGGACGGCCUUUCAGACGCAACCUGUCAGUUGUGAUGGGGAUUUGAACAUUUCCAUUUCCAACCAAGACAAUGCAGUGGAUUCAAAGAACUCUGAAAGUGUUUUGUCAGGCUCAGUUCAACCAAAAAGUGGUAAUGUUGAAUCAUUUGAGGUUGGCACAUCUGAAUUCCUCGAGCAGCCUGCUGUAAAAGAAACCCUCGUUGAUGCGGAGGAAUUGUCGUUGCCCAUUUUAGAGACCUAUCGGCCCUCAUUUGACUGGAGUGAUGCUAUAAAACAGACGGUUCUUGCCACAGCUACCUCUGACUAUAACCUGCAGCCAAAUGUUCAGAACUCCCCUGUGUCUGAGCAAAAUUCAAGUGUUUCUUGUGGGCUACUGACACAGUUUCCCUGCACUUUGUUUCUUAAAAGCCAGCACAGUAAAGAACCCUUGAUGAUUAUCAGAGCGUCCGACCUGUUGAAGGCCUCCGGCGCCCCUGCAUCCACAGGAUUUGGGAGGAAACAUAAGAUGGGAGAGUGGAGCAUUUUCGGGGAGAGCUUCAGAGAAACAGCAGCAACAGAUGAAAGCAGAGUGUCAUUGGCUGCCCCUUCUUGUCCAGUCUCCAGCUCUUCCAGCACAUGGCCCACUCCUUCUGGUAGAACUUCUGUACCCGGUGUAGCUCCAAGAUCCGAUGCUGAGUUGGAACAUCUGUGCUCUCAGGAAGAGCAACAGUCAUCAUUCAGAGCUCAGAUAUCAAAAAUUGAACAAUUCUUACAAACAGAAAGGCUCCACCUCUCCAAGCGACGACGCACAGACAAAUAAACCAAGGUUUCAAUGUUUUGAAUGUAGUGUUUCUAUUAAUUACAAAUUACUUGGUGAAUUAUAGAUUCAUAUUACCUCAAUAUUGAUCCCUAUGAUAGUAUUUCAAGUUCAAUGUUACUGCUUUUGAAUUUUCUUUUUUACAUUUCAAGAUUUUUCCCUGUUCCACAUUUAUUGUUGAUUAACAUCUGUGAAAAGGCAAGGGAAGACCUCCAUUGUUUGUGUAAGAAUGUUCAGUUUAUUUAGUGAAUGAAAUACAUUUCAA